CUCGCAGCCCCGAGGCUGUGUUGCAGAGGCGUGGGACGAGCGGACCGCGGGCGGCGAGACGAGGCACCCGGGCCCGCGCAGGGCGCGGAGCCGUGCGGCCAAGGUACCGUCGCGCCCAGCCAUGGGGUCGGCAGCCUUGGAGAUCCUGGGCCUGGUGCUGUGCCUGGUGGGCUGGGUGGGUUUGAUCCUGGCGUGCGGGCUGCCCAUGUGGCAGGUCACCGCCUUCCUGGACCACAACAUCGUGACGGCGCAGACCACCUGGAAGGGGCUGUGGAUGUCGUGCGUGGUGCAGAGCACGGGGCACAUGCAAUGCAAAGUGUACGACUCGGUGCUGGCGCUGAGCACCGAGGGCCAGGCGGCGCGCGCGCUCACCGUGGGCGCCGUGCUGCUGGCGCUCAUCGCGCUCUUCGUGACCCUGGCGGGCGCGCAGUGCACCACCUGCGUGGCCCCGGGGCCCGCCAAGGCGCGCGUGGCCCUCACGGGCGGCGCCCUCUACGCGCUCUGCGGCCUGCUGGCGCUCGUGCCGCUCUGCUGGUUCGCCAACAUCGUGGUGCGCGAGUUCUACGACCCGACGGUGCCCAUGUCGCAGAAGUACGAGCUGGGCGCGGCGCUGUACAUCGGCUGGGCACGCUCGAGGACCGGCCCGGGAGAGCCCUCCAUGGGCGCACCGCACACGGACUCCUUGGAACGCCAGGCGGUGCGCAUGGACGAGGGUCACCCCGGUCCCUACCCGCGCCCGCGGCCCGUCCUUUCCGAUCACCACCAGCCAGACGCUGCUCUCUGCGGACGAUGCGCGGUCGGAGGACCCAGCGUUUCCUUUUCUGUGCGCUGUGCUGGCCUGACCGCGGUGGGGCUCGGAUUCCCUCCGCCCAGUGGGCGCCAGACUGUAGCUGCUUCCCGGGAGAUUUUGGAUGUGACCUUUAAUCCCAGAGGUCCCUGCUGA